CUGUGUGUUUCUUAACCAUGCGGAUGCUUUUCCUCUUUUUGCUGUCUUUGCUUCAUCUUAGAGCUUGUUAUUCUUCUCCUUCCAUGCAGCCUCUAUGCCAUGAUGACGAGAGUCAUGCCUUGUUGCAGCUCAAGGAAAGCCUUGUCAUUAAUGAGUCCUCUUCUUCUGAUCCUUCUGCUUAUCCCAAGGUUGCAUCAUGGAGAGUUGAUGGAGAAAGCGGUGAUUGCUGCUCUUGGGAUGGUGUUGAAUGCGAUCGGGACUCUGGUCAUGUGAUCGGCCUUGACCUCAGUAGCAGCUGCCUUUAUGGCUCCAUCCACUCCAAUAGCAGCCUCUUCCACCUUGUUCAGCUCAGAAGGCUGAAUCUUGCUGACAACGACUUCAACAACUCUGAAAUCCCUUCUGAGAUUCGAAAUCUCUCAAGGCUGUUUGACCUAAAUCUCUCAUAUUCUUCCUUUUCUGGUCAAAUCCCAGAAGAGGUCUUAGAGCUUUCCAAGUUGGUUUUCCUUGAUCUGGCAGGAAAUUCUUUGAAGCUCAAAAAGCCUGAACUGAAGCACUGCUUGGGCAACAUAAGCAGCAGUGCUUCAGUUCUGAUUCUGCGAAACAAUAGUUUCAGCGGUGAUAUUCCUGAAACAUUCACAAGUGGCUGCUCAUUGAGUGUCAUUGAUUUCAGUCAAAACAAAUUGGAGGGGAAGAUACCAAAAUCAUUAGCCAAUUGUACCAAGCUAGAGAUUCUCAAUCUUCAACAAAAUAACAUAAAUGAUGUCUUUCCUUCUUGGUUGGGUGUUCUUCCUGAUUUGAGGGUUCUGAUACUCAGAUCUAAUGGGCUCCAUGGUGUGAUUGGGAAACCUAAAACCAACGUUGAAUUUCCGAGGUUACAGAUUGUUGACCUCUCCAACAACAGUUUUAAGGGUAAGUUGCCGCUCGAAUAUCUCCGAAAUUGGACUGCCAUGGAAACAGUCCACAAGGAACACUUGAUGUACAUGCAAGUAGACAUAAGUUUCCAAACAUCUGAUUAUCCAAUGAUAUUUGAUUAUCAAUUCUCAAUGACAAUGACAAACAAAGGUGUGAUGAGACUAUAUGAGAAGAUCCAAGAUAGUCUCACUGCUAUCGAUCUCUCAAGCAAUGGUUUUGAAGGAGGAAUUCCAGAGGUCCUCGGAGAUCUCAAAGAACUUCAUUUGCUCAAUCUCUCCAACAACUUUCUCAGUGGUGGCAUCCCUCCAUCCUUGUCCAACUUGAAAGAGCUUGAAGCUUUGGACCUUUCUCAGAACAAACUCUCGGGAGAGAUUCCAGUUAAACUUGCACAGCUCACCUUCCUCGAGGUCUUUAAUGUGUCUCACAAUUUUCUAUCUGGUCCGAUACCACGAGGAAACCAAUUCGGAACAUUUGAAAACACUUCAUUUGAUGCGAAUCCAGGAUUGUGUGGGGAGCCGUUGUCAAAAGAAUGUGGAAAUGGUGAGGACUCGCUGCCAGCAGCUAAAGAAGAUGAGGGCUCGGGAUAUCCACUUGAAUUUGGUUGGAAGGUGGUGGUUGUAGGGUAUGCAAGUGGAGUGGUAAUUGGAGUGAUUAUUGGAUGUGUUAUGAACACAAGGAAGUAUGAAUGGGUGGUGAAGAAUUAUUUUGCGAGGCGGCAAAACAAAGGUCAAAAUUUGAAGACUCGCCUGCAUAGAAGUUGAUUUCUAAUUGUUAAGG